AUGACUGCGGAUGAGCCGGUGAUUACCGCGACAGUGGCAGGCACUUAUUUGCUAGAUUCUGAGCCUGCUGUUGUUAUGUUUGAUAGCGGUGCUACCCAUUCUUUUGUGUCUCGCACGUUUAUUAAUCGUCUGGGGUGUAGUAUCGGAAAAUUGGCUGGCCCAAUGGUUGUCGAAGUUGCCGACAACCGCACUAUUUAUGUCACCGAUGUUUAUCGAGGUUACACUCUCGAUUUUUCUGGAGUUGAAUUCCCCAUUGAUCUUAUCCCUAUUGCGAAGCGAGAUCUCUGCGUUAUCGUAGGCAUGGAUUGGCUUGAUGCGUUUGAUGCGGAAAUCCACUGUCGUAGGAAGCAAAUGGCUCCGCCUGCUCGCCUUAAUCAGCUCCAAAUGGAGCAAGUUAGGAAUAUUGUCGCUGAGGAAUUCAAUAACGCUUUCAAUGAACUAAUCCCGGGCGUGACCAAUGACAUAAUCAACCAGGUCAAAGCUCUUCUGGUUGAGCGCCUCGCAGCUAUUCCCGGGGGAGAGUUAUCGGCUCCGCCCGUUCGGGAUUCGGCAUAA